GAGGGCCAUCGUCUAUCUAUCUCGCAGCAAGUCACCCAGAGCUCAACCUCUGCCCCAACCCCUAGAUUCCACAGACAAUGGCACCGAAGAAGGAAAAGGCUCCUCAAACCGCCUCCAAGCCCGCCAAGACCGGUGGUGGCAAGAAGAAAAAGAAGAAGUGGAGCAAGGGAAAGCAAAAGGAGAAGGUGAACAACAUGGUGCUUUUUGACAAGGCUACAUAUGAGAAGCUCUUAUCGGAAGCUCCCAAAUACAAGCUCAUCACCCCUUAUGUCCUCUCCGAUCGUUUAAGGAUUAGUGGAUCACUUGCAAGGAGGGAAAUCCCAGAAUUGAUGGAAAGAGGUUUGAUCAGGAUGAUGUCUGCUCACGCCAGCCAACAGAUAUACACAAGGGCUACAAAUACAUAAUCUUUUUGCAAUUUAGCUAGCGUGCAAAGCAAGUGUAGUUGGUUACUUGUCAGACUACUGUUAUGUUUUUUAUGUUGAAUUUUGUGUUGCUAUUCCCCUAAACGGAUGAUGAGAUUAUUGUGCUGAGUAUUUGGUUUUCACUUGUGUUCGUUCUUAAAAUUUCCUUUAGAGUUCAAUCAUCU